GCCGGGCGCGCCCCCCGGGCCCCGCAGCGGGCAUGGGCGCGCAGGCCCGGGCGCUGCUGCUGCCGCUGCUGGCCCAGUGGCUCCUGCGCGCAGCCCCGGCGCCAGCCCCCGCACCCCUCACGCUGCCCCUCCGCGUGGCCGCGCCCACCCCCGGGCCCGGGACCCCCGCCGCGCCCCGCGCUGCGCCCCAAGCCGACGGCCUGGCGCUCGCCCUGGAGCCCGCCGGCGGCCCAGCCAACUUCUUGGCCAUGGUGGACAACCUGCAGGGGGACUCCGGCCGUGGCUACUACCUGGAGAUGCUGAUCGGAACCCCCCCGCAGAAGCUGCAGAUUCUCGUUGACACUGGAAGCAGCAACUUCGCCGUGGCAGGUGCCCCGCACUCUUACAUAGACUCCUACUUUGAUGCGGAGAGGUCGAGCACUUACCGCUCCAAGGGCUUCGAUGUCACGGUGAAGUACACGCAGGGAAGCUGGACGGGCUUUGUCGGGGAGGACGUCGUCACCAUCCCGAAAGGCUUCAAUAGCUCGUUCCUCGUCAACAUCGCCACUAUCUUUGAGUCCGAGAAUUUCUUUCUGCCUGGGAUCAAGUGGAACGGCAUCCUGGGACUCGCCUACGCUGCUCUGGCCAAGCCGUCAAGUUCCUUGGAGACGUUCUUCGAUUCCCUGGUGGCCCAAGCAAGGAUCCCCAACGUCUUCUCCAUGCAGAUGUGUGGGGCGGGGCUGCCCGUGGCUGGAUCUGGUACCAACGGAGGUAGUCUUGUCCUGGGUGGAAUUGAGCCAAGCUUGUACAAAGGAGACAUCUGGUAUACCCCUAUUAAGGAGGAGUGGUACUACCAGAUAGAGAUUCUCAAGCUGGAAAUCGGAGGCCAGAGCCUGAAUCUGGAUUGCAGAGAGUAUAACGCAGACAAGGCCAUCGUGGACAGCGGCACCACACUCCUGCGCCUGCCCCAGAAGGUGUUCAACGCGGUGGUUGAGGCGGUGGCCCGCACGUCUCUGAUUCCAGAAUUCUCUGAUGGUUUCUGGACCGGGUCCCAGCUGGCUUGCUGGACCAAUUCGGAGACACCUUGGUCUUACUUCCCAAAAAUCUCCAUCUACCUGAGAGACGAGAACUCCAGCCGGUCGUUCCGUGUAACCAUCCUGCCUCAGCUCUACAUCCAGCCCAUGAUGGGGGCCGGCCUGAAUUACGAAUGCUACCGAUUCGGCAUUUCACCUUCCACAAACGCACUGGUGAUUGGUGCGACCGUGAUGGAGGGCUUCUACGUGAUCUUCGACAGAGCUCGGAAGAGGGUGGGCUUUGCAGCCAGCCCCUGUGCAGAAAUUGCAGGUGCUCCGGUGUCUGAGAUCUCUGGGCCUUUCUCGACAGACGACAUCGCCAGCAACUGCGUCCCCGCCCUGCCUCUGAAUGAGCCCAUCCUGUGGAUCGUGUCCUACGCGCUCCUGAGCGUGUGUGGGAUCAUCCUUCUCACCCUCAUCGUCCUGCUGCUCCUUCCCUUUCGGUGUCGGCACCUGCCCCGCGAUCCCGAGGUGGUCAAUGACGAGUCCUCGCUCGUCCGGCACCGCUGGAAAUGAAGAGCGAGCGGAACCCGAGCUCGAGCGACCUUGAACUCUCGGCGAAGAGAAUUCCGUCACCCGUGGAGCAGGCGAGGUCAUGAGGCAGAGUGUCUUCCGGUCCACUAGUCUCAAAUCUGUUCUGCUCCCAGAUGCCUUCCAGAUUCACUGUAUUCUGAUUCUUGAUCUUAAAGCUUCCUUCUUCUCCCUCACUUGCAAGAAAAAAUAUAAUAAAAACCACCUCAUUCUAAACCAAAACAGAGUGAAUUGGGCUUCAGGAUUUAUGGGACUGAUUGUGCCAGACUGUCCAGGUGUGCCACCAAAAACAAAAACAAAAAAAAAAGAGGGGGCAAGCUUUUGGCUAGUUCUCCUCUUCCUCUGUCUCUGGAGCUGUGAGUUCUCAUGGUUCAUAACUGCUCUUAGCUGAUGGGAAGCUUUUCAUAUUAAUCACAUUUAAGGGUAUUUUGCACCUGGGUCCAAGAAUACAAGAGGUUUGCGAUAUGGUGGCAAGAGAACCAGCCCAGGGCCUGACGAUCUCACCAUCCUGCCUGCUUCUGACCCGGAAACAGAGCCCUUGUCUGAGCCUCUCUGUGCUCUGAGUGAGAGCCAGAACUUUCUCGGAGGGGAACAUCACUCAGCGGUCUUCACCAGCCUCUUCUGAAGAGGAAAGCCUUUGUCCAUCGUGGUAGAGUGGGAAGGAAACCUACACUUUCGUAUUCAGUGCUUCUGUAGUCUUGUUGGUAUAAAGAGAAAAAGCUACCUCUGUGGAGACUUUGCCCAGGGCGCUGUGCCCAGCUGGGGCUAUGGGCAGCCUGGCUCUAGCCAUUGCCCUUGCUGAAAAGAAUCCUCCUUUCAACAGGCGAGGGUAACAGGUGCUGUCCUGUGGCCAAGUGGGCCGUUAUUUCACAUGCUUACUCUUCCUUAAAAUUAACAAAAGAUGUUCUGGUGAGAAAAGCAGAUCCCACGUCACUAGCCUAGAUGUGUGUGUUUCCAAAUCUCUGGCUGAAGGGAAAGCAGGAAAUGGCUCAGUGCCCAUCCUUCUGACCAACUCUCGGGGGAAGGAAGACACCAGAUGAACAGAGGGCUUGAAGGACCUUCUCCCACGCUUUCAGGCCCUGUGUUUGCCUUUGCAGAAACCCCUAGACUCCAGCACAGACGCCCGAGCACAUCUGUGGAGCCGUUGACCCACACGCUUCCUCCCUGUGGCGUGUUCAGUCUUCGGUGAUGAGGUGGGUAUGCGGUACUCUCCUUCUGUGAGGUACCUCCCUCUUACUACCAUUUAUUUGAUCAAUUAAUUUCAUCGCCCAAAAAAAAGCAGAAGCCUUAACUCGAUGCAGUCAGCCUUCCCUGAUCAGAUACAAUUAGAAGACGGGUUCAAAGGCAAUAUCCCAUCUCUCGUUUGUAUGCCAAGUUCAAUGUUCGCUUUGCAUUGCUAUUGGGAUGGGCUGGAUCUAUGAUAGAACCCCACUAAAAGGGCUAACUGGAGUGUCUCCUCUGGCUGGAUCGUCAUUUAUUUCCAAGACAGCCUGCGCAUGGGUGUUUCAGCCAUUGGCUCUGCUUACUGGACUGGGGCACGUCCAUACUGGGGAAUAUGUGGCUGGAGAACUGUGGGGUCACUCACACGUGUGUGGUGUCCUGGUGGAUGCUCCAGCAGCAGCAGGUUUGAGUUGUAUCUUAGAACCUGAGCCUUCCGAGUCCUCUUCAAGAAACUGUCUGAGUGCGGCAUGUAUGAGUCCCUCUGGACAUGGGGUCACAGGCGGGGGUACCGUUACCAGGUACUCCUUAUCGUGUCUGGUCUCAGCUAGGUGAAUGGUAGUAACUGCAAAGUACAUUUCAGUGUAGACAUCACUAGAAGUCUAAUUCUCUUGUCCCACGGGCUUUUUCAUUGGUUCCCGUUUUAUGGUCCACUUUGCACAGAAGGGAAGGCCAUCCUUCAUGGAGCGGACCUUCCCCGUGCUCUGACAGUCCGGGCCCCCGAAAGAAAAGGAGGGAGUUGCAGAGAUCACCCCGUUCCUUUGGCUACUUAUUCCCUCACACAGGCGUCUUCUCCAGUUUCCCGCGUUCGGUUUCUGAGCUGGGAACCUUUCUGUUGGCGUAGAUCAGCAGGUGCUGUUCCCAGAGUACAGGUUAAGGGCACAGCCGAUUUCAAGCUCCUUACUCUAAUGCUGUGCAUUUCCCCUCCGAGUUCUCCACCUUUUCUUCUCAGAUGUCACUGGAUGUGACAUUCUAAUGGAAAUGCUUAAAUUACAAAAGCCUAACUUAACAACAAGAAUGAAACAGACAAUUGAACGGGGUGGACAUUUUCCUGGCAUGCCUUGCUAUGGAAAAUUGGACUUGGAGUCAAAACCCUGGUUGGUGACACCCACCUCCUUGAGUUCUGUAAAUUGAUACUGAGCUUGGAGAACCUUCAAGGAGGCUUGCUUUGAGCGAGAAAGGAAGUAACAACCGUCUGAGGGGGUCAUUUUCACCUUGCAGCCAUGGAAAAGGCUGGACGAUGGUCCUUUCCUGAAAGGUGCUCUCAGCAUUUUGCUGUUGUCAGAUGCUGUCAACUCUCCCAUAAGAAAUGGAUUCUUCCUGAAAAAUGUUUUUUUUACUAGGGUGAUACUUUGUAUCCUUGAUAAGUUAUUUGGAAGCCCCAAAGGAAAUCCUGUCUUUAGGAGCUGGAACUAUGGAAACUAGCAAGAAACAAGAUGACAACUGCAUCUGAUUUUUCUCCCCCCGCCCCCCAUCCCGGGAGUUUUAAAACACACCACCGUGAUUGGUGCCAGAUUGUCUGGCGUCUCCCGUAGACUCUGCUGUAUUUCUUCUGAACCAAAAAAUAAGUACCUGGCAUUAAAUAUUCUUGGCAUGUCACUUCUGGGAACGUUUGCCAGGAACACAGUCCACUCCUGAACGUUUGGGAGGAUUUUACCUGACUCAUUCGGAGAUGCAGAGGUUUUGGGUUGGGGAUCCCUUGGGGUCAGUUAUAAUUCAAAAUUAGGAAACUAAUCCCCAGCAAGGCAACAUUAACAGCUCCUCAGAGCUUUGGGGACUACAAGCAGGCCUGAUUUAGGGAUCGCAUUAUCUUAUUGAAGAAGUGAGAGAAGAUUGUCAUAAUUUAAUAGGUUCCUGUGCAAAUGAAAAUUUGCCACAUUCUUACCGGGCCCCUGUGUGGUGGAUUGCCAAGCGUGGUUCAGCUUUAAGUUCUGGCCUAGGGCCACAUGAGUCACGUGGAAUAAAUCACUUCCCCCAAAAGCCUCAUCCAACAAUGAUUGAGUUUCACCAACUUUUCCUUAUGAGCGGGAACCAGAUCCUUGGGUGGGCUCCUGGUGUGCCUUUGUCCUGCAAACUGAUCGGAAUGGAUCACAGGGCUGUUCAGACGAAACGCUUGCUGCGGAUUUUUUUUCUAUUUUAGGAAAAACUACUAAACAUCGUAAAAUGUAAAAUUCAGGAGAUACUAGAUUUUUAGUGCCAAGGAAACUCCGCAACGGCAGCAGCUGCCAUGUACAUUUCUGGUGGGUUUUAAGAAUUUCAGAUUUGGACUUAAUGGCGCUUUACCAAUUAAAUGGCCAGCAGGAAAAAUACAU